UGUCCUCACAGAAGGAAUGUAGUGAGAGCUGCUUCACUUUUUGCAGCCGCACGCACGGUUUUACCUCUUUAUUAUGUGACAAAUAUAGGAGACAUUUCCUCCAAUUGUUUUUAUCAGCUGAUGGCAGAGCAGAUGGUACAAUGGCGUAUGUCAACAUCAUUAUCCCCCAAGUGACAUUAACUUGUGGGACAUCAUGUAUCAGUAACCUGCAUAAUGUCAUAGAGAUUUUAUUUGUGCCACUGGUCAGCCUCUCACACAAUUCUGAAGUCAGCCAGCACCAUUCACACCGGCUGUUCUUAGCCAGCGCAGGCUACGCUGCUCUUUGCCAAGCUGGUGUUGGAGCAUUCAGGCCUGUCACCCAGCCAAAGCUCCACUAAGGGCUUUUACUAUGUGUUGUGGAAGUGAGAGGGAUAAAGGCUACGACAAACAUUUGCUCAGCAAAGCAGCGUGUGAGACCAUCUCAGCGGAGACUAAACAGGGAACAUGAGCAGAUAAAACACAGUUUAUUUGACUACGAGUGUCUCUCAUCAGGCUGUUUCCAUGUGGGAUUAUGACACGUGUUGUCACUAAUCUUCAAAGCUGGGGCGAACUUUUCACUGCCCCUCCCAACUCUCAACUAUACACAGAGACUGAACCUGCAGAGUCUACGCAGAGGUCAGUCAGCGUCGGGAGAGAAUAUACUUUAUAUGAAUAUCUCUAUUCAAGUGCUCUGCCUUUAGCAGGAGCCAUUAGAGAGACCCCUAGGGAUGCCGUGGAAGGGUUAGCUCUGUAUGUUUACGAGUACCUGCUGCAUGUAGGAGCACAGAAGUCAGCACAGACCUUCCUCUCAGAGAUCCGAUGGGAGAAGAACAUCACAUUAGGAGAACCUCCGGGGUUCCUCCACUCAUGGUGGUGUGUUUUCUGGGACCUGUACUGUGCAGCACCAGAGAGAAGAGACACGUGUGAACACUCCAGUGAGGCCAAGGCCUUUCAUGACUACAGUGCUGCAGCAGCUCCCAGCCCUGUCCUUGGGAACCUUCCCCCAGGAGAGGGCAUGCCAGUGGGACCAGUCCCUCCAGGAUUCUUUCAGCCAUUCAUGUCACCUCGAUACCCUGGAGGACCCAGACCACCCCUCAGAUUACCCAAUCAGGGACUUGGAGGAGUCCCAGGUAGCCAGCCUAUGUUACCUAGUGGAAUGGACCCCACAAGACAGCAAGGACAUCCAAAUAUGGGAGGACCAAUGCAGCGGAUGACUCCACCCAGAGGCAUGGUACCACUGGGACCCCAGAACUAUGGAGGUGGAAUGAGACCACCACUGAAUGCCCUGGUUGGUCCUGGGAUGCCUGGCAUGAACAUGGGACCUGGUGGGGGCAGACCCUGGCCAAAUCCUCCAAACUCCAAUUCAACCCCUUACUCCUCUGCAUCUCCAGGAAGUUAUGUGGGACCUCCAGGGGGUGGAGGGCCACCUGGGACCCCAAUAAUGCCAAGUCCAGCAGAUUCAACCAACUCCGGCGACAACAUGUACACUAUGAUAAACACAGUCCCUCCAGGUGGAAGCCGACCAAAUUUCCCUAUGGGUGCAGGUGGCGAUGGUCCAUUAGGGGGAAUGGCUGGAAUGGAGCCCCAUCACAUGAACGGAUCAUUAGGGUCAGGUGAUAUGGACAGUCUCCCUAAGAACUCUCCUGGUAACCUAAGUAUGAGUAACCAGCCGGGAACCCCCAGGGAGGAUGGAGAGAUGGGAGGAAACUUCCUUAACCCUUUCCAGAAUGAAAGUUAUUCUCCAAACAUGACGAUGAGUGUGUGAAGGCUUAGGAAGCGGGUCGGUCCCUCAGUAAGCUGGCGUGGAUUGGUGAAAAGCAGAGAGACUGGAUAUGAUGUCAUCAAGGCCAGUGACUCUUCCUCCACCACCACCUACCUAGUCAGGACAGCUGCCUCAGGCUCUGUCCCUCUACUACCCUACCUUCCCCCACCCCUUCAUGGUUUCUGUCCACGUCUCUUCUCCCCUGUUUCUUCUCCCGUUUUAAGUGGUGACUCUGCUACAUUCAUCAGUUCUUCCUCUGCAACUAUGAGACUGUACAAAGGAACCAAAUUGAAAAAACCUGGAGGAGAACUCUUUGUAUAUUUGCAUACGGUGUGUGUGAGACUGUGCACACACUCCAGUCCACAGACAGAUGUUUUUGCCUUUUGCAUCAUGUCACGGAGUUUAUGGCCAAAAACAAAAGGCCAGUGUCCUAUUUAUCCUAACGUUUAAAUUUCCAAGGAUUUAAGAGAUAUAGACACUUUUUGAUUGACGUUAAAAAUUUAAUCCAACUGGUUGUCACAUGGAACAUCUUUUGUCUUUACCUGACAAAUUACCUUGUCCAUUACUGGAAGAGAAUUGGAGAGACAUCACAAUCAUAUUACCAUGAGGUUUUAAUUGAGGCUUGUGCAGAUAUUUGUCUUUUGUGGUUGUCCAAAACUUUAAGACCACUAACAUUGUGUUUUAUGUUUUAUAAUAUGGGUCCAGGAAGUUUUUUUUCUCUUUAAUUUCCAUUGUAAACCCAACUACAAAUGUGGAAAACCUUUCACUCUGCCUCACCUCUGUCACAUUAUAAAGUGCAUAUAAAAGUAAAGUAAGUAAGUUCAGAUGUCAAUUUACAGAAAGGCUUCAGCACAACACAAAUUAUUUUUCCCAUUUAAAUGGUUAUUGAGAAAAAAGAGCUUUGUUCAAGGCUUAAAGUGCGACUAUGUAACUUUUGGACAGCCAGGAUAAUGGUAAAUUAUUAUGAUUAUGUUAAAAGUAGAGAUGAGUCAUUAAAUGAGUUGGCUUAGUAAUGUCCAUUAUCGAACAAUAUCAAGCUAAAGUAGCAAUCAAAAGCAACUGGUCAUACCAGACCAAGUAACACUGAAGAAGCAAAACCCCUGAGUGUAUUGAAUUGAGCAAUGGUGUAUAUUGUUUAUCAAGUCAGCGUUCCAUUUGUAAGAUGAAGAAUGUUUUAUUUCUUCUGUCAUAAGUUACACAGUCUCCCUUUAAAUCAGAUCAGAUCAGUCCUUAUGCUAACUGUCAUUUAAUUGAAGAGAGCAGUAAGCAUAACACUGGGGAGGAAGGUUUGCACAAAGGUUAAUACCCAGUAACACUGUAGAGACUGAAAGUUUGUCCACUUUUCUCUUUUCUUUUUUUUUUUCAUUUUUUAACAAGUAAGUGAUCUUUCUGCACUCGACAAAUGACCUUUGUCAGACUGUAGUUGUAUACGAAGGAUAUUACAUUCUGUUGACUGCACAAGCACAGGACAAAGUUUAAGAUGGGGACAGCAAAAGAUAAUUGAUUUUUCUCAUGUGAACAUGUUAUCUAACAAGAGGAGACACUGACUCUGUAGUCAUAGCCAAUAGUUUGUUGCUUUUGUUUGCUGAGGCCUCCCUCACUUCUAGUUCUUCAAACCUGGAUCCAAACAAUUUAUCAGUUUACAUCACAGUGUACUGGACAUAAAACGUUAAAAUGAGAGAGAGAGAGAGAUCAAAGACAGUUUAACAGUAUGGACGGUAAAGAGUAAGACACAAGCUUAUGACGUCACUUUGGUCACUCAUACUUUAUUGUCAUCCGGAUAAACUGUGAUCUCAGUGUGAUACGAAAGGUUGGUUGGUACAGAAAGCUAAAAUAAGCUUGUUUUUAACCAAUGUUUUAAACUUUUUUCACUGCCCAAGAUGUAUUAUCAUCAUGUAUAAAAGGUCAAUAUGCCUGUGAACAUUCUCCUCUCCCCUCCCUUACCGCAAAGUGUACAGCUCACAAAUGUAGCUCCUCUGUCUUGUAUGUGUAUUUGAUAUUAUUGUUAUUAUUUAAAGAAAAAUCUGGAGAGAACUAUUGCAAAAGGGAGCGAUGGACUGAUGAUGCACCAUCACAGCUGAACAGAGAUUUUUAUUUGGUUUUUUUGGUUAGAUUGAAGCCAUAAGUGGGAGUACAAGAAGAUGCAUUUGUAAAUUGGAUCAUGUUUUCUGUUUUGUGGCAGUAUGUGGGACUCCAUUUGUGAUGUGUUCAUUUUCUCUUUUUUAUUCUUGUAUUAUGUUUUUGUAAAUACAGAGAAGUAUUUCAUGGGUUUUGAAUAUGCUGGUAUAAAGCUUCUCUUCCCUUA